GUCCCGCCUCCGCGGCACCGCCUCCGCGCCUCUGUCCAGCCGGCUUGCUCCGGCCGCGAACUGCCCCUCCCCGCCCCGCCUCCCGGCGCGGGUGGCCGAGGCGUAGCGCUGCGACCCCCGUCCCUGCGAACAUGGCGCUGCGAGUGGUGCGGAGCGUGCGGGACCUGCUCUGCACUCUGCGCGCGGUCCCGUCCCCCGCCGCGCCCUGCCCGCUGAGGCCCUGGCAGUUGGGGACGGGCGCCGUCCGGACACUGCGCACGCGACCCGCUCUGCUUUCGGUGCGCAAAUUCACAGAGAAACAUGAGUGGAUAACAACAGAAAAUGGCAUUGGAACAGUGGGGAUCAGCAAUUUUGCACAGGAAGCACUGGGAGAUGUUGUUUACUGUAGUCUACCUGAAGUUGGGACAAAAUUGAACAAACAAGAUGAGUUUGGUGCUUUGGAAAGUGUGAAAGCUGCUAGUGAACUCUAUUCUCCUUUAUCAGGAGAAGUAACUGAAAUUAAUGAAGCUCUUGCAGAAAAUCCAGGACUUGUAAACAAAUCUUGUUAUGAAGAUGGUUGGCUGAUCAAGAUGACACUGAGUAACCCUUCAGAACUAGAUGAACUUAUGAGUGAAGAAGCAUAUGAGAAAUACAUCAAAUCUAUUGAGGAGUGAAAAUGGAACCCCUAAAUAAACUAGUAUGAAAUACUGCAACCCAGCAGAUUGUCUUAAAUUAGUGGUGGAUAGAAGACUUAGAAUAGCAACUUUUAGCAUUACCGAUGGAGAAGAAAAAAACUACUGUUAACGCUGCUAAUGAAGGAAAAUGCCCUUUAACUUUCUAAUGAUUAUAGAUUUUAGACUAGGCUCUAGUGUUCAGAAUUCAUUAAAUUAUCCAUGGUAAAAACUAGUUUUAAAAAUUACAUAAUUCAAAGAUAACGUUGUUAUUCUUAAGCCUUAUAUAAUAUUGUAACUUGCAUAUAUCCAUACCUGGAUUUGGGAUGAAAUACUUAAUGAUCUUUCCAUUGGAAAUAACUGGGAGUGAAGGGGUUUUUGUUGCUUGUACAGUGUCAGAUGACACACCACUAUCUUGAUUUUGCAAUACACUGCAUUUGCUGGUGCUGUUUUUAUAUGGUGAAGCAACAGCUUUGCAGCAAAAUAAUAAAAUACUUCUUCGUUAAUCAUGUUUUUUUGUUUUGAUGUUAAUAUUUCAUUUAGUGACUCUGCUAGUAUUUGUGAAAGUGCUAACUUUAACUUAGGGAAAGUUACCUUUUUUUUUUAAAAGGAAAUUUAAGCCAGACAAUGAAAACCUCCAAGAAAAUGUUUCCUUUAGUCACGAAUCUGGUUUUUCUUAAGCCAGGAUCACCUUUAACAUAAUAAAAAAUAAAUCACCGACUUUGAUUUUCUAUCAUGUGAGGUCCGAAGAAAGAAGAGGAAAGACAAAGGAAGGUGGAAGUUUUGAUCAGUAUAGCACAUGGUAUUUUUAAGAAGUUAAACCACAUUCAGGUUUCCACUUAAGUCAUGGGAAUAAAAGUGGACACAGAUUGAAGCUUUAUGAGCUCA